GCACAGUUGAAAAAAAUACUAUCAAUAAUCAGUAUCACAGACAUUAACAUACAAUGAAAAAAUACUUUGGAGAACGAUAAGUAACUCUUCAAUUCAUAUCAGGAAUAUAUCCUUAUUUGAUAACGAUGCAUCACUUAUUUCAGUGCUGCAACUGAUCCCCCAUCAUAAUACUGUAUUUGGGUUUAUUUUAUUAGGAGGAAAAUGCGGAUCAUUCAACUAGUAAUACUUAUUUCAAGCGUAUACAAUUCUCUUCAACACAACGAAGAUGAAUUGAUGAAGUUAUUGCCUGAAUCCUUAAUUAAUGCAACACGUAAAAUCAAACCCCAUCCUGAUGUUGGAAAAGACAUAUAUCAACUCCUGCAUGACUACGGAUAUCCAGUAGAAACGCACUAUGUAUUUACGGAAGAUGGCUACGUUUUGAGAAUGCAAAGGAUUCUCAAUGGAAAAAACAUGGUUGAUACCGAGAAAACCAAACCAGCAGUCCUGCUCAUGCACGGACUGCUCAGUGGCUCUGCAGACUGGCUCAUAAUGGGUCCCAACAAAUCGCUAGGGUACAUGCUUGCCGACGCAGGAUUUGAUGUGUGGCUGGGAAAUAGCAGAGGAAGCACAUGGUCGAGAAACCACUUGAAGCUGGAUCCAACAGUUGAUGCAAAAAAAUUCUGGGACUUCAGCUUUGAAGAUUGUGGUCACUAUGAUCUGCCAGCCACUAUAGAUCAUAUCAUUGAGAAAACAGGACAAGAUAGAAUUUUUUACAUAGGUCACUCUCAAGGAACCUCUCAAUAUUUUGCAAUGGCUUCUUUAAGACCAGAGUACAAUGACAAAAUUGCGUUGAUGACGGCGCUGGCACCAGUGGCGUACCUGGGCCACCUAUCAUCGCCAUGGAUGCGAUUUGCAAUGAAAUAUAUGGACAUAUUAUCGAUUGUCAAUAUUUCGAAUAAUUUACUAUCUAAAGUUUUUCAGAAUCUCCUCCCAGUUUUGGCCACAAAUGAUCCGGCUGGUGUUUCUUUCAAGAUGGUAAAACAUCUUCUGCAACUGGUGAAAUCUGGGCACUUCAGACGUUACGAUUAUGGCUUGCAGAAUUUGAUCAAGUACAACUCCUUAACUCCACCAAAUUUCAAUAUGUCUGCAGCGACUGCUCCGGUAGCUUUAUAUUACGCCCAAAACGAUUUUUAUGUUGCAAUCGAGGAUGUUGAGAGACUCGCAAGUGAAAUGCCAAACGUAGUCAAGAAAAAAGUGAUGGAGUUCGAAAAGUUCAAUCACGUGGAUUUCAUAAUGGCCAAACAUAUCGAUGAAUUACUCAAUAAUGAGGUUGUAGAGUUCAUGAGAGAAUAUCUAUCUGAAUAACACUGUUACUACCACUAGCCUACCAACGUCUACAAUUUCUGCUACUACCAAAAGCCAGUCCACUUCUCUAACUGAUGCUCCCACUCCUGAACAUACCGGUGGCUACUCCAAAGGAAGUUCUAUGCUACCACUUUUUGUUAUAAUGUUAUUGAAAAUAUUACUCUAGAUAGAUUUCACGAAACAAUUUGGAAAAUAGAUUUCAAGGAAUCACUCGUA